GGGCCGUAUGGCUGUGCCGGGCUGGGGAAGUGCACGCAUUGACUGUUCUCCUGGAGCAGCACUUUUGGCCACUGGCUAAGAGUAGCUUAGCUGCCUGGCAGUGGCCCCAUCUGUGGGGAGAGGGGGGAGCUCCCCUGGGGGUCCUGUAGCACAGGUGGCGGGGUCCAGUUCUCUUCCUGCCCAGGCCACCCAAGGGCCACUGAGUGCUCCUGGACAGGGCUCAAUCCAUCAGGCAAGCAAGGCCACUGUGGCCCAUGAGGCCCCUGGCUCCUGGCCUUGUCCCCAACACUUCUUCCAUCACCAGGCAUCCUUGUGGUUUCUUUAUCUGCAGACUCCACUUGGAUGCCCAGCCCCAAGACUCCACCCACAGGAAGGAGCCUGUAUGCUCCUGCCUGAGCCUUUGCACCGCCCUGGACCCGGCCUGGAACAGGUUUCUCUCCACUGCUCACGAUUCAAGACUGGUCAGGACGGCACGACGGUUCCCUGAGGGUUAAGAUCGGACGUCGGGACGCCCGCGGCCCAGCAACGGGGACGAAGCGUGGAAGACCCAACGCGUGCUCGCCGCGGAGGACUGACUCACCCUGAAGCCUCGGGCGUGGUCUCGGCCUCUGCCGCACGAUUUAGUCCCACCCCCGUCCACGGCUGCGCAGCUCGGGAAUCCCCGCCCCUCCCCGGGACUUUUGUCUGCGCCCGGCCGCCGUCCAGGCGCGCCCACUUCCUCCCUCGCCCACGUGGUCGGCUAAGGCUGUGUCCGUGGCGCCGUGCUUGGGGCUGGCGCGACUCCCAGGCCUCACGAGCGGACCAGACCCUUGACUCGCGACCACGGCCCCCUGGGAGGGGCGGGGGAAGGAGCCGGGCAGGUCCGAGAUCCACCUGGGAGUCCCGGAAGUCGGCGGGAAGUCCUGGGCCCUUGGGCGGGGUAGAGGUGCCAGGGGUCCCAAGGAGGUCGGAGGUCAGAGUUCGACAGGGGUCCGGGAGGUCAAGGCCGGCGCCCGUACCCCGCCUCGCAUGGGCGUCUCCAGCCUGCGGGCUGCGCUGCUGAGAGCCUGGGAAAGGUGGACAGCGCGCCCUGGCCUGCACAUCCGCUGCCCGUCCCUGAUGGCCGGGAAGGAGGCUCCCCCCGCGCCGGCUGCGCACCCUCCGCACAGGAAGGCUGGUGGGAGCUGGGUCUGGGAGGAGGGGCAGAAUCCCCCAAAGAGGCUCCGCAGCGGCGAGGUCGACGAGCCGCCGCGAAAACUGCCCAAGCGCAAGAUCGUGCUGCUCAUGGCCUACUCGGGAAAGGGCUACCACGGCAUGCAGAGGAAUUCGGGGUCCUCGAAAUUCAAGACAAUCGAAGAUGACUUGGUGUCUGCCCUGGUCCGGGCCGGCUGCAUCCCUGAGAGUCACGGCGAGGACAUGCGGAAGAUGUCCUUCCAGCGCUGCGCCCGCACAGACAAGGGUGUGUCCGCAGCAGGCCAGGUCGUGUCCCUGAAAGUGUGGCUGAUUGAGGACCUUUUGGACAAGAUCAACAGCCACCUUCCCUCCCACAUCCGGAUCCUGGGGCUGAGGAGGGUCACAGGCGGCUUCAACUCCAAGAACAAGUGUGAUGCCAGGACCUACUUCUACAUGCUGCCCACCUUCGCCUUUGCCCACAAGGACCGGGAUGUGCAGGAUGAGACAUACCGCCUGAGUGCCGAGACGCUGCAGCAGGUCAACCGGCUGCUGGCCUGCUACAAGGGCACCCAUAACUUCCACAACUUCACUUCACAGAAGGGGCCGCACGAGCCCAGCGCACGGCGCUACGUGCUGGAGAUGUACUGUGAGCCACCCUUCGAGCGCGAGGGCCUGGAGUUUGCCGUGAUCAAGGUGAAAGGCCAGAGCUUCAUGAUGCACCAGAUCCGCAAGAUGGUGGGGCUGGUGGUGGCCAUCGUGAAGGGCUAUGCCCCCGAGAGUGUGCUGGCGUGCAGCUGGGGCGAGGCAAAGGUGGAUGUGCCCAAGGCACCAGGGCUCGGCCUGGUGCUGGAGCGGGUGCACUUCGAGACGUACAACCAGCGCUUCGGUGGGGACGGGCUGCACGAACCGCUGGACUGGGUGCAGGAGGAAGCCAAGGUGGUGGCCUUCAAGGAGCAGCACAUCUACCCCUCCAUCGUCAGCACCGAGCGGCAUGAGCGCUCCAUGGCCCAGUGGCUCAGCACCCUGCACAUCCACAACUUCAGCACCACCUCGCUCACCACAGGCUCAGGCUCCCAGGCUGAUCUUGAACUUGCGAUGUAGCCCAGAUUGACCCUGAACUCAUGGUGACCCUCCUGCCUCAGCCUCCUGAGUGUUGGGACGACAGGCCUGCGCUGCCCUGCCUGGCUUGACUACCCAAUAUAGUAUUAGAAUGAGAAGGGUCAGGACUCCGGGUGGGACCUGGUGGUGGGGCGAUGACUCCUGGCAGUGCCCCCAGGUGGGACAGUGCUGGCCCUACAGUUCUUCCUGUCUCCUUGUC